CCCUUUUAUGACACUAUUUCUGUUUUAUGAACAAUUCGGCUUAGAAACACCCCACCCGUCGCACACUUGCGUUGCUAUGCUACCAAUCUGCUUGUAAAGUCAACAAAAGUUUGUGCGGGACUUUUCGGUGCGAGCCUGCCAGCAAUUCCACCUAGAGGAGAAAUUAAAGGGACUACCGAUAAUGACAAAGAAGAGCAUCAAAUGUAUACAACGAAGUAGAAUAUCCCCGCUUAUGUGUAUCAACAGGUGUGGACGUCUAUUCAAGCAUGCCAACACCACUUGGCGUCCGCCACCAAGACCUCUUGAUCCCUUUCACAACCGUCAAAUGGACCCACAACAUGUGAAUCAUGUCUCAAAAUCCAUCAACAUCAACAAAUCUGUUAUCGGACUCGAUUGAAGGCUUAUCGCAGCACAAUUCAUUCGGACAGUCUCAAGCCGUAUGCUGACAUGAGUUAGUGUUCAGGCCACCAAUCAAACGCCCCAGCAUGCCAACUUUACCUCGUUUGGUACUGAGUCAGCCACAGAACGCUCUCAAAACGGCAGGUCUAUCCUGUCCCCAACACCUUUCCCCGCAGACUACUGCACUGAGAGGCAGCUUAACGACCCAGCUACCAUAACUGCCAAAAUCUACCAGUAAUUUUAAGCCCUUGGGACGAACAGAUUGUCCAACCUCCCAGGCGGGCCUAGAUAGUUUAAGGUGUCAGAAAUCGAGCUCGUCCCAGUCCUCUGGGCCCGCGGGGCCAGUAAGCAAUGCCAUCGCUAUCCAUCCAGUCCUCUGUGCCCCUGUCACACACCACAGACCAUCCACCACCACCAUAUCGAGGCCAAUCCAACAUCCUCGCCGAGUCUAGCGCGAUAGAUAGAUAGCUCUUAUCGCGAGACUGACAGGGCGUGGUUGAAAAUCGGUGCGAAUCACAGAUGCGGAAUCAAGCCACCAGUCUGUCACGCCGACAUGGUAGGGUAGUUAAGCUAUGGUAGAGCUGCAUUGUGAUAAGUAGAUCGGGGAGGCCGCGACGGGGUUGGUUUAAACGUCGACCUCAAAUUUGCAGCUCGUUGUUUUAAUCUCCUGCUUUCUGUCUUCUUGAAUCUCAUACAGCAACUGGAAGCUUGUAAACCUGUUAAGCAGAAAGUAAAGAAAGAAUACUCCUCUUUAGAAGCUUUAGAGCUGUGGGUGAUUGGUGCAGUAGGAUUAAGAUGGCGGAAUCGGAGCCGGUCGUGAGAACGAACUCGAAGUCAGGUUUGGACGAUGAAGCUGUCCUUGCGUCGCUGGGUUAUAAGCAGGAAUUGCGCAGAGAUUGGGGGCUGGCGCAUAAUUUUGGGAUUUCCUUUUCUAUUAUUUCAGUAAUCACAGGCAUCACCACCCUCUUCAGCUAUGGAUUGAAUACUGGUGGACCAGGAGUCAUGAGUGUGGGAUGGAUUGUCGUUUCCGUCUUCACGAUGUUCGUUGCUCUGGGCAUGGCGGAGAUCGUAUCUGCUAUUCCAACGGCUGGUGGUCCGUAUUACUGGGCAGCGAUUCUAGCCCCAGAGAAACACUCUGCGUUUGCCUCGUGGAUAACAGGAUGGUUCAACCUCCUCGGUCAAGUAGCCGUCACAACAGGCAUCUCUUUCGGCUGCGCAGGUCUCAUCUCAACAACCGCAACCGUAAAAUCAAGCUACACCCCCACUGCCGCCAAAACCAUCGGCAUCUACGCCGCUGUCCUGAUCUCACACGGCGUCGUCAACACCUUUGGCGUCCACGUCCUCAAAUACCUGAAUAACGUGUCCAUCGCUUUGCAUUCAGCAGGAGUAACAGCCAUCGCCAUCGCCGUGCUAGCCAAAGCUCCAACACAUCAAAGCGCUAAAUUCGUCUUCGCGACCUUCUACGACGGAACUGGCGAUCCAGGAUGGAGUAUCAGAGCUUCACCAGCAUAUGUCGCUUGUUGCGGUGCGCUGAUGUCGCAGUAUACACUCACCGGCUUCGACGCCUCCGCUCAUCUAUCUGAAGAAACGAGAAACGCUUCCUGGUCUGCUCCCAUUGGAGUCAUCAGCUCAGUUGGCUUCUCAGCACUUUUCGGGUUCUUCGUCAUUCUGAGCUUCUUGUUCUCGAUCCAGGAUUUCGACGCUACGAUUGGAAGCGAUUAUGCACAGCCGGUGUUACAGAUAUUCGUGGAUGUGUUUGGUACUGAUGGCGCGGUGGUGGUUAUGAGCGUUGUGAUGAUUUGUGUCUGGCAUUGUGGGCUGUUCUCUAUGACGAGUAAUUCCAGGAUGAUGUUUGCGUUUGCAAGAGAUGGUGGGAUUCCAAACUUCUUCCACAAAGUCGACCACCGCUUCCGCUCACCCAUCCGCACCGUCUGGCUCGCCGCCUUCCUCUCCUUCUGCCUCGCCCUCCCCUCCCUCGGCUCGUCCGUCGCCUUCGCAGCCGCAACCUCAAUCGCUACAAUCGGCCUGUAUAUCUCCUACGGCAUCCCCAUCCUCAUCGGCCUCAUCUACCACCGCGAAUUCAUCGCUCGCAAGGGGCCCUUCAAUCUCGGCAUGCUGUCCCGCCCUGUAGCGUUCAUAGCCGUGUCCUGGAUCGGCUUCAUCACUGUUAUCUUUUGCUUGCCGACGGCGAAUCCGGUGACGAGUCAGACGCUGAAUUAUACGGUUGUUGCGGUGGGGAUUAUUGCUAUUUUCAGUCUGGGAGCUUGGGUGCUGUGGGCGAGGAAGUGGUUUGUUGGGCCGGUGAGGGAGGUUGAGGAGGCGGGGAGGUUGGGUGUUGAUUUGCUGGAGCCGGGGGCGUUGGAGAGGGCGGAGAUGGAGAAGGAGAAGAAUGGAGUUGGUGAUGGAGUCGUGGUUGAGAAAUAGAUCUGCUUCUUGGGUGAGAGUAGGGCAAUGAGUGAGCUGGUGAGUGGUGUGGAUUGUGAUUUACUUCGUAGUUUGAAUAAGCGUUUUGUACCCUGAUGGGGUCGUAUUUGGCGGAUUAUAUUCUAUGUGAUCAAGAUAUGCACCUUCGUAGAGUUCUCUGACUCCAUACUCUGAUGUCCAGACGCAAUCCAACUGUCCUUAUCACGAGGGAAAGAUUUUGGAAUGGGAGUCCAUUCAUAGCUGAGUUUGGUUAUGAGGAAUAAGUCCGGACAGUAGAGGGCGACUUUGGUGAACAGCUUGUUCACUUCGAAAGCUGGUAGAUAGUUUCGGGAUAAAAAUGGAAAACAUAGCAGCUAGGAUCUGAUUCAUACAUUAUUUUGCCCCAUUGUAACUUUCAAGCGAGCUCUAGAGACUUCACGGUGCUCGAAGUACAGAGCAGUAUAAGCUUUUCUCCUAGGUUCAAAGAUCAUAAGAAGUGAAUCCGAGAGAUUUAGGUAACUUAAAGAGGAAAGG